CUAGCCUGGCAAGGAGGCGGCGAACCUGCUGCAAGGCAAUCAUCGCCAUGGCGACUUGAGGCGAGGCUAUAAAGCGGUUCUGGGGCGCCGGCGCCGCCCGGAGUCGCCGUCGGGGUCCGGCCAUGCUGAAGCCGCGGGACCUGGGUCCGGGGGCGGCCACGCGGACCUUCCUGGAGGCCAUGCAGGCCGGCCGUCUGCACCUGGGCCGCUUCGUGCUGGACGCCCUGGACGGCAGCAUCGUGGAUUGCCGGGCCGACCGGGGCCGCACGCCGCUCAUGUUCGCCGUGCUGCUGCAGGACCCGGCGUGGCGCUCGGCCUUCGCGCGGAUGCUGCUGGAGCGCGGCGCCGCCGUCAACCUGCGCGACGACGCCGGGCGCAGCGCCCUCAGCCUGGCCUGCGAGCGCGGCCACCUCGACGCCACCCAGCUGCUGGUGCAGUUCGGCGCCGACCCGGACGCCGUGGACGCGCGAGGCUGGAGCCCGCUCAUGUACGCCGCCUCGGCCGGCCGCACCGCCGUCGUCGAGUGGCUGCUGCGCGCCUUCCGCCGCCUCGGGCAGCUGUGCCUGGAGCGCGGAGACCGCGCGGGACGCACCGCCUUGCAGCUGGCCGCCAGCGGAGGGCACAGCCAGUGCGUGCGGGCCCUGAGAGCCGCCGGCGCCUUCAUCCUCGCCCUCCCGGAGCAGCCGACCGCCGCCCCCUCCCCCUCGGAGCAGGAGGCGGUGGCGGCGCACCCGCAGCCGGCGCAGGACUCCAAGCCGCCCUCGCAAGUGGGCCCGAGCACCCCGUUCCUCAGGGCCCGCCCGCUCGUCCGCAGGGCCACGGCGCCGGACUGCCAGAGCCUCCUGGGCUACUAGCGCUCCUCGGCUGCUUCCACCCGCCCAGCAGCCCCCGCCGAGAUGCGCUCCUGGCCACGGCGCUGGAGGACAGUCGCCCCGUUUCCGUCGCCCAGGCGAGGACUAUAGGCGUGCUUCCCUGUCUUGAGGGGUGUCUUCAUUUUUUCAUAAAACGAAGGUUUAGGUGUCUUCAUUUUUUCAUGUGUAUUUUCAUAUCAUAGUUAGAUUUCUUUAUGUGCAUCUCUGUAGCAAGGAUUUCACAUCUUCUGCGGGUGUGAUCCAGUCAAAUGUGUUCGCACCCGCAGCUCCCCUUGAUUUCAGUCGAAGACAAAAUUAUUUCUCGCCGGUUGGUGGGACCUCGGAUUGGCUGAUGCUCAUGACGGUCACUUGAAUUAGGUCUUGGUUGGCCCCAGUUUUGUUCCUACACCAUCAUUGCUGAGCUGCCUUCGCUGUAGUAAUGGCAUUGAGAUUCUGGGACUCAAAGCCAUGACCUUUUGCGGGGUGGGGGCAGCUUUUGAGUCUCCUGGCCAGAUUUACUGGCUACUUAUUGUUUUGCUGAUUUUUCUGCUGUGGAACAUUUCAUAAUAUGUAUUUAUUUAUUUGAAAUAUUGAUGCUCUCCCUAUAUAUAUAUAUAUAUGCCAAUAUGAUUUGGAAGUUUAAUGCUGAGUUUUAAUUUGGGUUUUAUGACUGCAACCUGUAGAAAGGCAAGCUAAUAAACAUUUCAAUAGAUAACUCAAUCAGUAACCAUGUAUUAUGCUAGACAUUUCUUGCAAAAUACAGAAGCAGGAAAUCUAUUUGGGACACCUUAUUAGUGUGUGUGUAGCGCGCGCUAUCAAGUCACAGUUGACUUAUGGUCUUAGUAGGACAUGGUAAAUACAUGGCCUGUUGGAGAGGUUUCUUGCUAUAUUCACAUCUUUUUAUUCUGUUUAUUGCAAGCUGCAGUCACAUCUGUAUUCAGAAACAAGCCCCACUGAGCAUUGUGGGACCUAGUCUUGGGCAUAGGCUUGUGCUGGACUAUUUGCAAAACCAUCAUGUUGGAGUAUAAGGGGGGGGGGAGAGAAAUUAGACAAAAUGACAGCAACAGCACUGGAUGCUUUUGAUUGGGAUAUUUUUUAGGGAGUAGGAUUUUUCUGUUCUGUGGGUGAACUAUUUUUAGCUGUUCCAUGAUCCACAGUCAUUCUCAUUGGAGCAAGAAUAUUUGAAUUGCAGAGGAGUAGUUCUGAUUGCGUUUUGCACCAAAACCAAACAGGUGUUUUCUAGCACUUGGUAGACUAGCCAGUUUAUUGUGACAUGAGCCUUUGUGUCCCCUUCAUGCAACUGGUGAAAUGGCUCUAAUCCACAAAAACGUGAUGCCACAAUGAACCCUUUAAAGUGCUACAAAAUGCCUUUCUGAUAUUAGUUGAUACAUUUUCACAUAAAGCUGGUAAAGAGUUUACAUUCUUCUGAUGUGCUGGGGCUGUGUUUGUUUGAUUCUCAAGCAGCUCAUCAGAAGUUCCAACAACUGUUCAGCUGACCUAAAUGAAAUUUCCCCAGUAGUCUUCGAAUUACACACAAAGAUCAAGUUUAAGAAGGAUCAAAACAGAAAGGAGGAUGGAUAGAUCUCUGAUUGGAUCAUCCCAGCAUUUAAAAAUGAUACACGGGGAGGGGCGGGAUAGAAAUCUCAAAUAAAGUAAAGGUGUGCACAGAAUCAGAUUUUUGCAGUAGGGUUGGGGCAGUUCUAAUCCUUGCACUCCUUCUCCUUGGGAAGGAAGAAAGGAAAGAAAGAAAUAAAGAAAGAGAGAGAGAGAGAGAGAGAGAGAGAGGGGGGGCCAUGGGAGAGCGUCUGUUUUGCAUGCAGAAAGUCCCAGAUUCCGUCAGGGUCUGCAACCUGCGGCUCUCCAAAUGUUCAUGAACUACAAUUCCCAUCAGCCGCUGCCAGCAUGGCCGCAGGUUGUAGAACCCUGCUUGACAGCAUCUCCAUUUAAAAGGAUCAGCUAAUAGGUGAUAUGAAAGACCUCCACUGGAGAAUUUAGAAAACUACUGCCGGUAUUCUGACCACGGUAUAAAAGGCAAUUUCAAAUGGUCAAGACUAAUUCCUUUUUUCCCCUAUAAGGUUCAUGGAAGUAUGAGAAGGGAGGCAUUUUGAUAGAUUCUUGCAGGGGUGAAACAAUUACACCUAAGCAUAUGUUGCCACUCAAGAUUAGUUUUGGAACAGAGAUCUAUGUUUUCACCUGGUGAGGCCAAAGAUGGCCCUCAGAGGCACCAUGUUACUAGCUGAUGUGUUUCCUGGCAGCUACUCCCUUCUUUGUCAAAACAUCUCUCUUACAAAGCAAAGAGCCAAUCCUGGCUUUCCACCACUUUGUUGGAGGAGGUGCUUCAGAAGUGCCCAGGAGGCAUCACAUUUCUGUCUGCAGGGAAUACCGCUUCAAAAGCAGCUGUCUCCACUACAGAAUAAAGUACUUUUCAGUGCCAAAACAGCCACCCCACCCCCCUUGAGCUGUUUUAGUACUUGAAAAGAUGUUGGGGAAAGGACCAAAGCACCUCAACCUGCUGUGCUGUGGUCACCAUAACAAGCAGGCCCUCGCUGCAUUUUAAAAUCAUGCUGUGGCAUCCACAAGUCAGACUCAUGGCUACCAUCAUAUCCUGCUUUCUCCUGAGGCAGCCAUUUUGUGAUUCACUGUACCCUCCAAGGAAGCUAUUUUGUGAUGUGUUCUCAAAAUUCCAGUAAUGCAUACAAGAUCAGCAAAAUUGGGAUCCCUACGUCACUUACUGCCAGAGGCAACCAUGUACCUGCUGCAACCCAUUCUGAUGGGUAUAAAUGGUGGUUUCUUGGAACAUUUGUGGGUUCUCAUAUAUUGUUUUUAAGGCAGUUAAUAUUUUUCAUUAUAUAUAUGUAUGAAUCUAGAAACUUUGAAAAAUUCUAGCAAGCUAAAAUGGACUGUGGUGGUAGGUUUCAUGUAUGAGUGGACACAAACAUAACAAGGAUCUCAUAUCUUCAUUUGUCAAAGGCAAAUUGUGUGCACGACUCUGAUUUCGAUUAUAUGCAUGGGAAGAUUUAAAUCAUUUUUCCCCUCCUCAUACAACCCCUAUUCAAAUGACGGCUGUUCGUCCACAGCUCACCAUUAAUAGUGGAACAGAAAUUUGUAAUCGUCAUCUCAGGUGCUUGCGUCUCUAACACUCAUUCUGCACAGCCUAUUUAUAAUGAGUUGCAAUUGUUAUAAAUGAAUUUGUUACCCUUUAUCAAAAGGGAAAAUAAGUUCAUUUAUAACAAUUGCAACUUGCUAUAAAUAUGCUGUGCAGAAUGAGCCUAAGUUCCCUGGCUCCUAUCAAAAAAAAAAUCUGGUCCUCACAGCAUCAAAGUUAAAUAUCAAAAAACUGGGUAUUUGAAAACCACAGUAAAACCAAUAUCCAGUCAUUUAUAGAGCACUCUCACAGUCCAGUACUAAGUCGAGGAUUUCAACCUUUGUAAGCCCAAUCACUUCAGUAGACUGAAUCAGACCAUCAGCUGGUCAAGGUCAGUAUUACUGCUCCAGGUGUCUGCAUCAGUAACUUGUCAACUGCUGCCAAAUAGCUUGUGCUUAACCCCCAGAAGAUCCAGGAAAGGUGCCACUGAGGCGUUUGAAAGUGUGCAAUCCUUCCUUCAAGACUGCACACUCUCAAUGGGCCAAGCAUGAUAAUCUUCUAUUAUUCACUUGUAAAUUAGAUUAGUAUUCUCAUUGGCAGCUGAAUGAGUCUGUACCUGAUCCGGACUACAUCUCCUAGAUCUGUCCUCUUAGUUUUGGUGAGGAAAUUGUUACUGGGAUCUUGAGAUAACUCUCUGGUGUUCUGGUCAAGACCAAAAAGAGUUAGAUGCCCCCAGAUACUUUGUAAGCAAUAAUGCCACUUCAAAUCUCUUUCCAGUUGUCUAUCAUUGUAGUCUCACUUCUCCUUAUGUUGAUAUUUUUUUCUGUUUCAUAUUUUGAUGUGCAUGAUCUGUAAAGUAAAGAGCUCCAAAAUUAUGAAAGAAGUGACUUGUUCUGUUCUUUCUGGGAAUGCACAUUGUUCUAUCGGGAAACUGUGAAUGUUAUUCUUUGGACAAUUUGUUUUGUUAGUUGACUAUAUUGUUUACAAACUUAGCUUUCUACACAAUGCAAUAAAGUUAAGUUAUAUAUUAA